AUGUUGCGAACUGUCGUCUUCCUUACUCUCCAUCUUCUCGUGUCAUGUGUGGUUCGAUGGGAAUCACGCACAUUGAGAUGCAUAGUCGAUGACUGUCUACUGGCAGUACGUAACGAAUCGUUCACGAAAGCGGAGUGUACACUGAACGAGGAUGCACGCCAUUCAUGUGACAUCAAGUGUCAAGGAGCCGACCGCGAUUCAGUCAUCUCAAAGAGUCCUACGACCAAUAGGAAAUGCAUAAGAUUCUACACCUAUAACACGGAGCGAUCAUUACACGGAUGGCAAUUAUGGCGAGAAGGACAAUGUGCAAAGGAGAACAUCAUACUAGAAGUACAUUGCGGUUUUCCUGUGAAUGAUUAG